CUGCGCAUGCCUGUUUUAAUCGAUUUUAAGAUUCUGGGUGCCUGAUCCGGAGCUGUUAGCUGGGCCUCUCGGCAUAAGAAUAAAGUUUAUCCGUUACAAGUUAAUUCAAAUUUCUAAUGUUCUAGAGUUUUCUCUACUUAAACAGAGACAGUUUAUGUUUUAUUUGCUGCGCCUAUCUUAAAGAUGGCUUCGAAGUUUACCAAGAACGCAAUACUAACAAGGACAUUGCAUUCGUGCUGUCUCGUCUGCGAAACUUACCUUCCAAGCGAACGAGAUGUCGCACUGCAUAUUUCAAAGGAAGAACACAAAAAAAGUCUAGAAGCUAGUAGUUUCGUGGCUGAGUUUAUCGAGGACCGCAUAAGGAAGGUCAAGAAGGGAUUUUUCUGUGAGUUCUGCAAUAAAUAUCUAUCAACAAUAAUCAAAGGAAGGUUCCAUGUAACAGGCAAUGAGCAUAUCCGUAAUAAGGGCGCCUAUCUCUUCGAGCGUUUGGAGAAUGGCAUGGUUCUCUUUAGAAACAUUGUUAUCACGAAAGAAGCAUGGAAUGGGAUCAUUGGAAAGAAAUGCAUUAUUUGCGCUAUUGAAUUCAAUGAUGUGAAGAAGCACAUUACCAGCGUUAAACACAUUUUCAAUAUGUUAAAGUUCGAUGUGCAAUUCGGGAUUUACGGUGGACUGUACAGGAAGACGAUGGACGAUUCGUUCCAUUGCUUAACUUGCAACGAGGUUUUUGAAAGCCCAACUCGAGCGUGUAUUUCGUCGCAUUUUUUACAUCCUAACCACCAAGAGAUUUACGAUAAAUUAGAAAAGAGUUCCAAAGAACAAAUCGAACAGUCUAAUUAUCAACAGAAACUGUCCAAUUUAACUGAUCCAAAGGGAACUGCAGAAUCCAAAGAUCCGAUCCUGAAGAAAGUGCCCAUGGAGAGAUACAUCAACGAUUUUUAUCCUAUCAAGAAUCCAUGUUUGGGCGGCACAGAUAUUGUCAUCAACAUGAGAACAGUUGUGAACAUUUUCAGUUUCUAUUUUAUAACACAGCUGAACUCAUUGAUAUGUGAAGUAUGCGAGGUCACAUUGACGCUUGAUGAAAUUGACACACACAAAGUCACCAAGAAACACGAGCGUGCAAUGAUGGACACUCCAGUUAUUGUACUAAGAUGUGCUGAAGACGAGUUUAUCAGAGAGGUAAUGAUUUUUGUUUAUCUAACACUAAGUUUUGGUGAAAAUAUCUUUGAGUUGCGCAGAAGGGCAGAAUGUGGCCACUCUUGGUACACAUCAUCUACUUUAUUAUGGUAUCUACCCCCACUCGAAACGUCUUGCUCCUUAUUUCACUUUAUUCAUAUUAAUUGUGUUCUGCUAGAGACGUAAUAUAUGUAUGUACUCAUUUAAAGAACUUUAUCAUUUAAGGUACGUCCUGAAAUAUACCAUUGCGGCUAUUGCAACAUCACAUACAAUGGCUUGAGCAAAAUCGUCUAUCACUUGAACACGUCUAACCACAAGGAAUGCAAAACUUCUUCCUCUUGGCGUUUCUACAUGCAUAUCCAGACUAAGAAUAAAAAUAAACAACAGUAAUUUAUAAUCGCGCAUUGUCGAAUAAUUAUCUGAAUAUUUAUUAUCUGGAUCUAUUUGAAUAUUACAUACAUACAUUUCGAUUUAGGCUAAGAAGUAUUAGGUCUUGGGAAAAUUCAAAUUUACACGCUGGAUAAAAGUCACCGAGUUUUCUGGUAACUAAAAUAACAUCAAAAAGAAAAUCUACAAUGGGAACUUAAGCCCAAGACGUGCAGUUUAUCGAACUUCAAUUUUAAUGUUUCUAGUUUUUAAUGAAUUUAAUGAAUCUUAGGAAAUAUUUGUGACAUUACAUAUGAUAUUUACACUAGCUUUGUCUAUCUUCAACAAAUAAUUGUCGCCUGAAUUUCUUGCUACAUACGUAGCUUACUGAAUCGAUCCGACACAAAUAUAUCCUUACCAAAGUCCCCUUAACUAAUAAUAAUUAUCUAUUAAUACCUAUGAAGCUCAAAUACAUAGUAUCCAGUAUGUGAGAUUAUUGAACUCGUAUUAACAAAUUUUGCUUGAAAGAAAGAUCAGGAAUUUCUGUGCCAAUGUCUUCUUAUUUAAACAUGAUUCAUUUAUUUCUUUAGAUUGUAGCACAAACUUUGUAACGCAUUGUAAUUGCCUAACAUAAUAAGUAUUUAUUCGUAUUCAGAACAUUUCCUGUUUUAAGUAGGCGUCGGUGUCGUGUUUAAUAAUAUUAUUAUUGUCUUAAUCAAUAGUUGAAACAAUACCCUUCUUCUGGGGAGCUUAUUAAUAAUAUAAAAGAGUAAAGGACUGUAACAAAUAAAGGAUAAUAAAAAUA